AUGCACUGCCCCAAGACGGUUCACAUGUUUGAUAGACGAGGAUUUUGUAGCUGGCAACACCAGAUAUAUUAUUCUGAAGGCAAACUGACGUACAUAAGCAAAGAGUUCAAAGGCAGAUUACUGGCUGCACAAACCCCAGGAAAUGCAUCUAUUACCAUCAAGAAGCUGCGUCCAUCUGACACUGGGGAUUAUCUGUGUGAAGUUGAUAAUCCACCGGAUUUCACAGGCACUAACAUCAGAUCAAUAGUGCUCACAGUAUUAGUUCCACCCUCAAAGCCAAAGUGUGGUAUUACAGCCCAUCCUGCGAAGACUAAUGCAGCAAUAUUAUCCUGUCAUUCUGACCAAGGAGUACCAACUCCAAGUUAUCACUGGGUGGAAAUUGUAAACAAUGUUCAUCAAAAUAUUUCUGGCUACUCUGACCCAAGAACUGGACUGAUGACCAUUUCAAAUGUUUCACAACAUGAACAUGGUGUUUACCAAUGCACGGCAUCUAAUAAUUUGGGAAACGAGACAUGUACAAUCGAUUUGUCAACACUCUCUUCUGAGAGCGAUCACAUUAUAGGAGCCAUAAUUGGGGCAGUACUGGCAGCAAUUGUGAUUGGAGCUAUUGUCUGGGUAAUUACAAAGAAGGCAAAGAAGAAGGCAAAGAAAAAUGUGGGGAACGAUACUGAAUUUCAGGUGAAGCAAGAAGCUAGGAAAACAUCUACUACAUAUGCAACUGUCCCUACUGAUGAUGCCUCAGCAGCAACAACAAAUGAGACUGCUGCUCAGUUGUCAGAGGUAGACCAUAGCAGGAUGGAGGCAUCUGAGGUACACAGGCAUCCAACUGAAACUCCACUUUUGAGUGAAAAUGCUAUUCCCUCUGGCACUGAAAAAGCACCAAAUGAAGAGACUGAUGGAGUUAGAACACAUGCUGUCUAGUUCACCCAUUUUGCCAAACCAGUAUAACUACCAGCAGUGUCAGAAUCUGAAGUCAUAUACAUUGAUGUAUUUUUACACGCAACAUAUUCUAUUAUAAUACACAUCUACUAUUGGCAAUGACUCGGUGACAAUAAACUGAUUUUCCAUAAUUAUUGCAAUUGCAAUUGCAAUUACUAUGUCCAGGCCAAAUAACUAAAAUCACCAUUAAAGUCAAAGUUAAUAUUGUGUAACAUCGUCCCAGGUAUAUUUUGUUGUGCAUAAAGUUUACAUUUAUAAACUUUCCCAAAAUAAUAAAACAAUUUUUAUUUUACUUUGCACACAGGGCAAAUUAUACACACCCAAAAAUCCUCUUUAAACAUAAGUGCCAGAUAUCCUAACAUCCGUAUGAUUCACAUGCCACCUGACAUUUCCAGACCAAUGACUAAAACAUAAUAAUAGUGUUGCAAUUCCAAUUUUACAUUUGACUAAUGCACAGAGUGAGUGGUGGGAUCAUGCAGUCACCUCAGCAUUUCUCAACCAAGGAGGGGAAAAUUAAUCCAAAUAACUGCUUCUCACCAUUGCCCGUAAAGAUGAGUUUUGAUAUCAAGUAAAAAAUUGAUUGGAAUUGGCUAAAAUUCCUUUGUUGAAUAAUUUGUUAACAUUCACUAACAAGAUUUAUACAUAAAGAAUGUUUACUUCAGUGAGUCAUGUAGAUAUAGAGAAAUUGCUAGUUGGCGUUUUAAGAUUUGUGCCCUUGGUUAAGUAGGAAAACCAGAAGUGGUAUAUUUGUCCAUAAUUUUUAUUACAGAAAAUUACCUCCACAACAGUGGAAAGUGUUCCUGAAUAUGGAAUUAAUGUUAUUUUAGGCGAAUCAUUUAAAAAAGGUAGUUCAACUGCUAAAGAAAAAAAAAAGCGGUUUAAGGAAAGAAUAUCAAAAUUGGAUUCGAAUAGUAUGUCCAUGUGGCAAACAUGAUGACUGAGGUGCCUUUUCUAUGCUGAAAUGUUAUUGCUUAUCAAAUUUAUUUAAUCAUAACUUACUGCAUUUCAAAAUCAAUAUCAUGUUGAAAAUACUUUGAUAAUAGACUAACUAAUGUAAGUUAAAAACUGUAGUAGCCCUUGGUGACUCCCUUUAAAACUAAAUUAAUCAAAUUUAAAGCCUAAGAAGCUUACAAACUGCUAAUACUGGAUAUUUUGUUCAGUAUUCAGUAUUGAUUAGUAUUUUCAUACAAAUACAGAAAAAUGUAAUUGUUGCCAAUGUAAUUUUUCAAAAGUAAAAGGGUUUUAUGUAAAAUUGUCUAGGGUUUAAAGAUCUAAAAUGCAUACAAAAUCAUAUAAUAAUAAUUUUACAAACCUACUUCCAGGUGUUAACUCUUGUGACACAGACUAAAGUGAUUUUUGAAAAGUGUGUGUUGAAAAUAAAUAAUAUACCUAUCUUAACUUUUAUAAUAGAUAUCGUAUUAGCUUAGCUACGUGUCUGUACCUUUGCAGAUUUUAUAAACUUUCUUAAAUAAUGCACUGACUCCAUGGGGAAAAAUGUGUUACAUCUGUGGUUUUAAUCAUGCCAUACAGAUUACAUUGAUUCUCUGUGUGGCACUUAGGAACAGGAGUAAGCCUUUCAACCCAUUGAGCCUGCAACACCAUCUAAUGUGAACAUGCUUGAUUGAAUACUUCAAUACCUUUUACUUAUUAUGUUCACAUAACCCUUUCCACAAUGGUGAUGGGAAAUCUAUCCAUCUUUAUCUUAAACAUAUUCAAAGAUUCAGCUUCCACAGACUGAUAGGGUAGAGAAUUCCAAAGAUUCACAACCUCCUGGCAAUUGGCAAAGAUCUUCAUGAGGAAAGCUGUGCAGCAUGAGGGAACAGGCAGGACAAUGAGGUUGAGGAUUAUUAGAUCAGCAAUGAUCUCAUUGAACGGUGGCGCAAGCUCAAUAGCCCGAAUGGCCUACUCCUGCUUCUAUGUUUAACAGUCUUGCAGUCUUGUAGCACGUUAGGUAGAGUCCCACAGUGUUGUCUGCCCCUGGGAAUUAGGCAUCCUCUGCGCAGUACCACUUCAUGAAUUAAAUUCUCCCUCUAUCAUUAUAUAUGGCACUUGUACAGAUAGACACACUGAUACAAGAGCAGAAGUAGAGUAACCUGUGAAUGUUUAAGUGGAAAACGGGAAAUGUUUAAAGCCUGAGAAGUGCUGUUAACAUGAGAUGAUACAUAGAAGUUAUUCAAAUAGAGCUAGACAUUUAGAAGACACAGGGAAUGAGCAAUUAAUUGAUGUCAUGGUAUGGGUUCAUGAGGGGUACAGCAGGCAAGAAAUGGAAAUAGGAAAGUCUAGUAUAAUGAAACAUAGUCAUGUUAUUAAGAUUAUAUAAAACAAACACAGAAUGGUGGUUCAUUUCUAGAAGGCUAAUAUUGAAAAGCAAAAAACCUAUAUAGAAAAUUGGUUAGACCAGGAGCACUGUAAACAUUUCUGGUCUCCAUAUUGAGAUAUAGAGAUAUGUGGAAGGAACAAUAAUGAUUUACGAGAAUGACACCAUAAAAGACUUAAUAGUAGUGGCCGAACAGACUGGGGCCUUUUUCUGUAGAAAAAAGAAAACUGAGUGAUAAUCUGAUUAUGGCCUUUAAAAUUUCGAAAGGGUUUGAUAGAUUUAAAGUAGAGAAGAUAUUUCCACUCGUGGACAAGACCAGAACUCGGUGCUAUAAAUUUAUGAUAGUCAGUGAAAAGAUCCAGGAAAUCUUGUGGUAUAAUGGGUAGCCUUUAAACCAAAAGCUCUGAGUUCAAGUCCCAAUUCAGGCCUUGUUGACCAUGGAAGGAGAAUACAAGGCAUUUCUGAACAGAGCGAUAAUUAACCUGCUAUUUCUUCCAACUUAUCUAUGGCAGACAGUAAUGGGAGAGAUUCAUGGUCAGCCAUGCCUGAUGCAAAGUGGUACCAUUCAAACAGUAAACAUGUAUCUCUCUCUGAAGUAGGAAGUCGUGGACUAUGGCUAACUACAGACUGUUUGGCAUAUAAAUCAAACAGGAAUUCAAGAGAAAUAUUUUUAUUCAGACAGUGGUUAGAAUGUGAAACUCAUCACCAUAUGCAAUAAAUGGGGGAAAUAUCGUGAAUGCAUUUAAGGGGAAGCUAUAUAAACACACAAAGAAGAAAGAAUAGGAAAAAUUCUGAUGGGGUUAGAUGACUGUAGAAAAUAAACACCAACAUAAGACUUCUUGGGAUGUAUAUUCUGCUCCUGUUCUGUAAAUGCCAUAUAUUUCUAAGACGGAGUCCAGAAUCUUGAAGAUAGAGAAUAUAUACUGUUACAAAGGAUGCAAAUUGAAUUGCCAGCACAUUAUUGCAAUUGAGGGCUCCUACCUCACAUGACAACUGAUCUUCCCCUACCCAUGAAAUACCAAUAUAACUAUGUUGAUGAUGUGAUGUAAAAGCAGGAAGUGCUGGAGAAGCUCAACAGGUCUGGACGCAUCUGGGGAGCGAGAAGAAGAGGUAACAUUUCAAGCUCAAGAAGAGUUCCGAAGAAGAGACAUACUGGACUCGAAAUGUUAAGCCUGUUUCUCUCUCCAUAGGUGCUGCUAGACCUGUUGAGGUUCUCUAACACUUUCUGCUUUUCUUUCAGAUUUCCUGCAUCUGCUCUAAUUUGCUUUAAUCUGAUGAGGUGUCAUUUGUGUAGCAGCAUUUCUGGGGCAACAUGAGACAGGUGACUGCUUGGAAGGCAAUAUCAGUUUGUUAAUAGUUCAAUCUGCACCCUCAGUUUCAGCUUCUUUUCUCCUCCCCUUAAGGUACUAUAUUCUAUUUUACUUUCCUGGCUUUUCCUGAUUCCAUUUUAUAUCGGCAAUGUACUUACACGAUUCAAGGUGUUCGUAAGUUCUCUGCCUUAUAUGUAUUUUUAAUAUAUUUUUAUGCUUUGCACUAUUGUUUAUUGUUCAUAUUAUUGCAGGCUUUUAAAGACAUCCAGUUUUCCACUCAAACAGGUUAUCCUGUUUUAUGUCUGCUAUUGUCUAUUUCUGGCCUUUCCUUCGUUUUGCCUUUUCCCAAUACUUUCCUUGGCAAUAGAAAUGUAAAAUUGUCUUUUCCCUCCAAAGUUUCUAAUUGACCUGUUGGAUUGUUUCCAACAUUUUGUUUCUGAUUUCCAGCAAUUUGUUUUCUACUUUCUGUUUAUAACUAACAAACAGCAUUUUGGUUAUGAAUUUACAACAUAUUAUUAUCAAAUUGUUUACUGUCUAGGUAUGGGACAGAGAUUUGUCUGACAAAAGAUAGCCAUGACUUGUUUUUUGUAAUUGAUUAGUUGCUUGUAUUGCCAUUAGGAUUCUUUAAUCAACUAUGUUAUACUUUAUAAUUCUAUAGAGAGCAGGCCGAAAUUAACAUUUUAAUAAAGGAGGAGACUUUAAAUAAAACAUUUAGUUUUAAUUUCAGCAAUGUGUGAUUUCAUUUCUUCCUAUCAGCGUAAUUAAUUGCAGUAUUCAUGCCAUUGAUAACUUUUAGGCUUGGAUGUUGAACUGAGAUGAUCAGGUAUUUGACAUAAAAGUUGCUGUGGAUUGGAAUUUUUCUGUACAGAGCAGCGAAUUAUAUUUUCAUAGAAAUUGAACAAAGUGGUGAAUGUGCUGAAAUUUUGCCUAUCAACCUUUGGAGUGGGUGGUAGUAUAUGGUCUAACUUAGCAGUAGUGACGGUGAAACCAUUAGCAUUCAUUGCUAUCACUCCACUAAAACUGAUGGCAACUCCUGAAUCACAAAUGCGCAUAUCAUCCUGGAAUUCCAUCAGUUGUUGCCAGUGAUUCUAUACUUUUCCAAAGGAUGUGCAGCUAAGUGCUGAGGCAUUACACCCCUCCAUACAGUACUCAUGUAGAUCAUUAGAAUUAUCAAAUAUUUCCACUCGUAUGCUGUUAAUAUUACUAUAAAAGUUCCUGAAAAUGUUACACUUUGUUGAAGUAGGUGUAACUUGUAAUAUACUUAUGACCACCCUCACUGGCACUGAAGAGUUAACUUUAUAAUUGUGGAAUGUCAAAAUUUUCUAAUGAUUUUAAAAAUCCAUUUUGUGUUUAAAUUUCCUUUUUAAAAUUUGCCUUUAUUUGAACUUCUAGCUUUAUGCGUGUCAUUUAUUCAUGCUGUCUGAAAAUGUUAAUUAAAAGUGAAUUAUUUUAA